AUGUCAGCCUCCCCAAUUGCGUAUCCAGGCUUAGGCCUCGAUAUUCGUCACUAUGACCAAGAUACAAACGGCGAGAUCUACCCUAUGGGGAUUCACUCCAGCUGCAUCGGAUCUGAGUCUGAACUCCUUCUGGUACGAGAGGUUGCAAUGAUGAUCGUUAUGAACGAAUUGACCGAUAAGCCUGAUUGGCAUGUCAAAGUCUUUGACGAGACAAUCGCCGAAAAAUGGAUUGAAGAGGCUCUCGCACUUCCUACUGAGCCUCUUUAUCAUGACAUCGUCCCAUCAGAUGUCCGUAGAGACGUUCCCAAAGUCAUCCUCGAUAGGAAAUGUCUUGAAUUUUGUAUCCAAGAGCUACGCGCAAAGGCCAAGUUCUUUGAGAAAACCGGUCUCGUACCGACGCUAGACGCUAGUGCUUCUGUCGUCAAGGCCGAUGGCUACAUUGACGAGUCCCUGCGUCAAAGCCUCCAAGCUGCGUUCACAAAGCUCAAGCUAGAGCAGAAGGAUGACCCCGACUGGCACCCCAAUUCCAACGAAAUGGUCCAGAAUCUUGUUCACCCUUCUCUCUAUCCGCUCGUUUACGGUCGUUCUCGAGUCUUUCGUCAAGAAGUCGUGGGUGUUGAGGAUGCCAUCGACAGAUGGAGCGGUAAAGGAGAGGUUAUACCCAAGCCCAAUACCUCAUAUUCAGCCCAAACCCCCUUCCUCGUCCGUAUGGGGGGCGUCCAAGUUGACAACUCCAACUGGUCCGAUACCUAUCAGUGGCUGCCAUCCAAUGUUAGCUUUCAGGACGAUGGAAGCGUCAAGUUCACGAGCUAUAUCAAUGGGCUCCAUCCCACCAAGCACCGUGAGAUUUACGCAACUAUCGAGAAGCUGAUUGAAAAAGCGCUACCGGCUUGGGAUUUUUCCAUUCCUUGUUAUCGCGUUCGGAAGAUGGUUGGCGCGUGCAGAACAAGGCCUCGAUUUAACAAGCCUCAGACUCCCGAUGAUGAAGAAGAAGCCAACUGGAAUAUAUCGCUCGACGAUGUCCCAAUGAGAGAUAAACUCAGAGAGAAGGACGAAGACGACGAUGACAGCGACGAUGAGGUGUUUUCGGACGAGGAAGAGCAGCAUCAUCACGACUGGAAAAAGAUAAGGGAACCGAUCCAGCCUGAGGCACCAACGUUUAAGGCUUGGAAUUAUGGUACCAAGCCCGGCGAGUCUCUCCGGGAGCGUUUCCAAGACCGAGGCCUCCAAGUCAUCGUCAAGAUGGCAUCGAUCGAGCUGACCCCAGACAAGCCCGUCUUCCCUGCCGGAGGAUGGCAUGUUGAGGGCCAGAUGAACGAGCACAUUGUCGGUACAGCUCUUUACUAUCUGGAUUCGGAGAACAUGACAUCCAGUUCCCUUGCAUUCCGCAUGCAAACAACCUAUGACCAAUGGGACCUCCAGGAAAAGGUAGGCCAAGAUUCCUACUCUUGGCUGGAGCAGGUGUAUGGCACCGACCUAAACGGGGGAAGUUGUCUACAACAGUAUGGAAGAGUUGAGACCAAGGAGGGAAGAUUACUCGCAUUUCCCAAUGUCUUCCACCAUUGUGUUUCGUCAUUCAAGCUGCAGGAUGAGACAAAACCGGGCCAUCGUCGAUUUAUUGCGCUGUGGCUUAUCGACCCCCAUACUCGGAUCAUCAACACGGGCAAUGUGCCGCCACAGCAACACAGUUGGUGGAUGGAACGAGCUUUCGGGAACACUGAGAAUGUUCCCAUUCCUCAUCCUAUUGCGACACUCGUCUCCGAAGCUGCGCCUGAUCAUAUCGGCAUCCAAGCUGCCGUUGAAAAUGGGAGGCCUUUGCCUAAUGAGCUGAUGGAGAUGGUCAAGAGGGAAGCCGGUGAUUGUGUGAUGCCCAUGUCACUGCAGGAGGCCAAGGAGCAUCGGUUGAAGUUGAUGGAAGAGAGGAGCCGGUCUCAGACCGAAGUCGAUUCGAAUUGGAGAGGUGAGACAUACAGCUUCUGUGAGCAUUAG